AUGCAUCAACGUGCACUUCUCUUCUCUGCCUUUUGGACUGCCGUCCAGGCCCAGCAGGCUGGAACUUUGACGGCGGAAACUCACCCUUCUUUGACCUGGCAAAAGUGUGCUGCUGGUGGCAGUUGCACCGAGCAGAAAGGCUCUGUUGUGCUCGAUUCCAACUGGCGUUGGCUGCACUCUGUUGAUGGCUCUACUAACUGUUACACUGGCAACACUUGGGAUGCCAGCCUCUGCCCUGAUAACGAAGCCUGCGCUUCCAACUGUGCUCUGGAUGGAGCUGACUAUGAGGGCACUUACGGUGUUACCACCAGCGGCGAUGCCUUGUCCCUCCAGUUUGUCACCGGCGCCAAUAUCGGCUCUCGUCUGUACCUGAUGGCAGACGAAGAGUCAUACCAGACGUUCAAUCUCUUGAACAAUGAGUUCACUUUUGAUGUUGACGCUUCCCAGCUUCCUUGUGGCUUGAACGGUGCCGUUUACUUCGUCGCCAUGGACGCCGACGGCGGUGUCGCCAAGAACCCAACCAACAAGGCUGGUGCCAAGUAUGGAACUGGCUACUGUGAUUCCCAGUGCCCACGAGACUUGAAGUUCAUCAACGGCCAGGCCAACGUGGAAGGAUGGACGCCUUCCGACAGCGACAAGAAUGCCGGUGUUGGUGGCCACGGUUCCUGCUGCCCCGAGAUGGAUAUCUGGGAAGCCAACAGCAUCUCCACGGCCUACACACCCCAUCCUUGCGAUGAUACCACUCAGACCAUGUGUGAAGGUGACGCUUGUGGAGGAACUUACUCCGGGGAUCGUUAUGGAGGAACUUGCGACCCUGAUGGUUGUGACUUCAACGCUUACCGCAUGGGUAAUGAAUCUUUCUAUGGCCCCGGCCAGCUCGUCGACUCUUCCUCCCCUGUUACCGUGGUGACCCAAUUCAUCACUGCCGACGGCACCGAGUCAGGCGCCUUGUCGGAGAUCAAGCGUUUCUACGUGCAGGGCGGUAAGGUCAUCGCCAAUGCCGCGUCGAACGUUGAAGGUGUCACUGGUAACUCGAUCACCACCGACUUCUGCACUGCUCAGAAGACGGCAUUCGGCGAUGACGACAUCUUCACGCAGCACGGCGGACUCCAGGGUAUGGGCAACGCCUUGUCCUCCAUGGUCCUGACCCUCAGUAUCUGGGAUGACCACUAUGCCAGCAUGAUGUGGCUGGACAGCAGCUACCCAGAAGACGCUGACGCAAGCACCCCCGGUGUCGCUCGUGGCACCUGCGAGCAACACGCCGGUGACCCUGAGAAGGUCGAGUCGGCGCACGGCAGUGCCACAGUGACCUACUCUAACAUCAAGUUUGGUCCGAUCGGCUCUACUUUCGACGCUCCAGCCUAA